AUGCUAGAAGCUGGUUAUAGCAUGGCAGAAAUAGAAGCUAUGCCAGGGGUACAAGUGGAAUUGGAUGAUUCCCCACCAGUUGAACUGGAUGUAAAUGAUUUCAUUGAUGGUCAUCAUUCUGAUGAUGAUGUUGGUCUGGAUGGUGGAGCUGAAGGUGCUGGAGAUGAAGCUAUUGGUGAUGGUGAUGGACCUGAAGGUGAUGCUGAUGGACCUGAAGGUGGUGUUGAAGAAGCUAAUGGACUUGAAGGUGGUGUUGAAGAAUUGGGUGAUGAUGAGGAAAAUCAGGGUGAUGAUGAAGGACAUGAGGUUGUCCCAAUGGUUAGGAGAACAAGGAAAACAUCUGAGAGGAUUACCAAGAUAAAGCUAAGGAAGGGUGUCUAUGACAAAGAUGGUGGUGGUUCUUCUUCUGUAAAGGCAAUCAACUUGGAGUAG